AUGGAAAACUACUGGAUAGAUAUCACAGCACCCUCGGUCUCUGAAAUGAAGGUGAUCAGCAAGAUCUUUCGUAUCCAUCCUUUGAGCACCGAGGAUAUUCUGUCCCAAGAAACGCGUGAAAAGUGCGAUAUAUUCCGUACCUAUCUAUUUGUGUGCUAUCGAGCGUUUGUGCAUGACGGACACGUGCUGAGGCCAGUCAGCUUUUAUAACAUCAUCCAUAAGCAAAGUGUCCUCACGUCGACAAUCACUCUAAUAGAAGCUCUUGCUUAUCCCCUUUUCUCCACUUUCUACACACAGUUUCACUUCAGCCAUGUACCGCAACUGCAGCACGUGUAUCAAAGGGUGGAGCAGAUGCAGGAUUUUAUUGUGGUAGCGCCCGACUGGAUCAACUAUGCCAUACUGGAUGUCAUCACUGACCAGUUUGCUCCUCUGAUCCACCAAAUUGAAGCCGAGGUCGAUGAAAUAGAUGAUCCAGCAAUGCUACUUCAAAUCAAUGAUGACGAAACAGAAAUGGUACUUCGUAUUGGAAAUUGUCGCAAACGCGUCAUGCAGAUGCAUCGUUUGCUCGGUACCAAGGCAGACGUAGUACGCGCCCUGAUCAAGCGAUUGGAUGAUACGGCUGCUCUUGCAAACAGCAACAAUAGCAGUAAUAAUAACAGCACAUCGACGUCAACGGCAACCAGUAAUAGUAGCACACCGUCUACCUUGACGCCUGAUUCAGCUAUCUCCUCAUCAAAUACUAGAUACCAUCACCAUCACCAUUACCAUCACAAAAGAGCUGGGUCAGGGUCAUCAUUAGGAUAUAUACGAUCACCCCCAUCUCGACGCUACACUUUGGAUGAUGAGGAGCAAGAAGGCGAUAAAAUCUUUCCUGAUGUGGCGCUAUACCUCGGUGAUGUACAAGAUCACCUUAUCACCAUGUUACAAAAUCUGAGCCAUUAUGAAACGGUGCUUGCACGCGCCCACUCUAACUACCUUGCGCAAAUUUCGAUCAAGCUUUCCCAAACGUCGAAUUCUACAAACUAUGUCAUUGGUCGCCUCACUGUCUUUGCCACCAUCUUGAUGCCAAUGAAUCUCGUAACAGGUUUAUGGGGUAUGAACGUCAAAGUGCCAGGUAAAGACUAUGACGAUUUACUAUAUUUCUUCUGGAUCGUUUCGAGUUUGGCCGUCUUUGCCAUUGGCUCCUUUACUAUUGCUCGGCGUUUUCAGUUUUUUUGA